CAAUGGGAGUCGAAGUGUCCACGCCAAGACACGUUCCAGUAUGGCAGCGCCAGUAAGGGCUCUGAUACUCGUCCAUGUCGCAAUGUUCCCGUUGUGUGUCAGCUAUGCGUUCAUCAAAACAGGGAUACAGACUGGCUACCAGCACAUUGGCGCUACAAUUUCGAAGCUCACCUCAACCUGGAACACCCAGAAUAUGCACAUCCUGGAAAACUUACUGGUCUCCCUCUCCCAGAUACUAUUUUCCAAUCUUUCGCCCUUACCGCUGCCGAGGAAAAGAAAGCCGGAGUUCCU